GAUUUUGAUAGAAGUCUGCUGCUGCUGUUGUUCGUCUGUUUCUGUUUAUCAGCUGUAAAUAGAAAGUCUGAAACCAAAACCCAGACAUGGGUGGACACGGGCAUGAACCGCCAUAUAAGGUGCCGCAUUAUUCGCAGUUUCAGACCAAGGGUAUUCCACAGCUUGAAGAGCUUGAACAAGCGCUUGCUAAAAAAGGACUUCGCGAUCCUUGGAUCAGAAAUGAAGCAUGGAGAUACCACCCUGGCUUCGGCACUCGUGGAUUGAGAGCACGUAAACUGUUUUUCCGUGGCUUCCCACUCGGGCUAGCUCUCACGGUAGCCACUGUGGCUAUCACAGAGCUCGCUGGUGGCAAGGACGACCACGGUCACGGCCAUGGGGAUGAACAUCAUUAGUGUCUACUGUCUGUGUUACCUUAGGUUAAUUUAUAUGUACACUUUGAAAUUAUAAUAAACAAUUUUUAGCCAGUGUUCAUUAAACACUAAUGUU